CGCUGACUAUAGCUACGUAUCUUAUGCGAGCCGCAACACCGCUCAGCCGUAGUUCAGGUUUUUAUCUCAUUUGAUAAAGACGUAGCGCACAGCGGUGUUGUAAUUAGAAACAAGUGAUUCGGGAUGGUUUUGAAACUCUAUGUGGUGUCGGAUGGGCCGCCGUCGCUGUCAGUGCGGCAGGCUCUGGCCCUGCUUGAGAUACCCUUCCAGCAGAUCGAUAUAGACUUCGGCAAAGGAGAGCAUAUGACCGAGGAAUAUGCGCUGAUGAACCCACAAAAGGAGAUCCCGGUCAUGGACGACGACGGUUUCUUCCUCAGCGAGAGCAACGCUAUCCUGCAGUACAUCUGCGAUAAGUAUCAGCCAGGCACACCUCUUUAUCCCGUGGAUCCACAGAUAAGGGCCGUAGUAAAUCACCGGCUAUGCUUCAACCUCUCCACCUACUACGCGAACAUAUCGGCUUACACGAUGGCACCCAUAUUCUUCGAUUACGAACGGACGCCACUCGGCCUGAAGAAAGUGCACAUGGCGCUGGAUGUGUUCGAGACGUACCUCACCCGCGCCGGCACCACGCACGCGGCUGCCGACCACCUCACCAUCGCAGACUUCCAGCUCAUCAACUCCACUAUGACCCUCGAAGCUAUUGGAUUUGACUUCUCUAAAUAUGAAAAGGUCAGCCAGUGGUAUGACGACUUCAAAAAAGAUUACCCAGAGCUAUGGAAGAUCUCGGAAGACGCGAUGAAGGAGAUCCAACACUUCAACGCCAACCCUCCAGAUUUGAGUCACAUGAACCACCCAAUCCAUCCCGUUCGUAAAAUUAAGAAAUAGAUUUUGUAUAAAAUAAGAAACUCGAGAGAAAAUACUUUUAGGUACAUUCAAUGCAU